UAGUGGGUGGAGAGAGAGAGAAAGAGAGAGGGGUGGGAGGUGGCAGGAAGCGGAAUCACGAAACUCCCCUCCAGCCUUCUUCCUUAUCCACCUCCUCUGUUCAAAAGGCAGCGUAUUCAUUGAUUCUGUGUCCUCCCGAAUCCUCUGCCUGUGCUCCGCGCCCCAGACCAUGGCGCCUCAGUCAGCCAACGCCUCGUCUCUGUCUGUUCAGUGGAAGUUCCUGACCAGUUUGCUGGGAUUACUGAGGAUGUCUCAGAUCAUCCUGGGCACCGUGGUCUGGAUGACCAUCGCCAUCAGCAGGUACGACGGGGCUUUGCACUUCGUGAUCUUCGUGGCUGUCUUUUUCUGGCUCACCACACUGGCACUGUUCUUCCUGACGCUGCUGUCCAAGAGUGACCUGGUGCCCCUGCUGGGGGGCGAACGCUGGACCCUCAGCAAUGCCCUGCAUGACUGGCUGGCAUCCGUCCUCUACCUGGUGGCCGACUGCCUGAUCAGCAAGAAGACCAUGGACAAAGAAUACUGUCACCUGCCUGCCUACUCUUACCACUGCCCUUACAAAUCCUACCUGAGUGCUACCAUCUUUGCCUGCUUGUGCACUUUGCUGUACAUCAUCUCUGCCAUCUACUGUACCUACAAGAAAUGCCGUGACAACCAGCCCGUUGUCUAAAGGGGGGAACAGAGACUUUCUCCAGAGAUUGCAGUUACUUAUUUGGUUUCUGUAUUUAUAUAUAUAUAUAUAAAAGGGAAAACCCUCCCACCUGCAAAACAAAAUCAAGGAUGUGGCCACUUUUAUAUUUCUCCUUCACCCCUAUCAUUUAAAGAAACUUUCUCCAGAAAUUGCUUUUUACUUAUUUUCUCUCUUUUUUUUCCCGGAAAAUAAUUGGACAUCCCUCCCAGCUGCAAAACAAAAUUAAAUGAUGCAGCCAGCUUUGUGUUUCUCAUUCCCCCUCUCCCAAACAAAAACAGAACUUUGGACCCUUGUUGGAUUACACCAAGAGAUGUGAAAAAAAAUUUCAAAGAGGAGGUUAGAUUGGUAUAGUCAUUACUGCAAUGCAUCGGAAAUGAUGUUUUCUCAUCCUGAAUUGGAGAUGCGGAGAAGUUGAGCGCGGAUUAUUUCCAUGUGGAUCUUCAUGAGAAAGGCAAUACUGCUCCUGCGUGUGUGUCUGUGAGAGGUGAGGGAGAGAGAGAGAGAGAGACUGAGAGGGAGUCUUAGGCUGUUGGCCUGUGAAUUCGAUUAUAACUUUCUCCUCCACUUUCUGCGACCCCAGAUCAGCUACAACAUUCCACAAGGAUUUCAGGAGCGGAAUAGAUUUCCUCUCGGCAAUCUGAACUAAGCAUCUGUGAGCACUGGUUGCUGGAAAAGGAGGAGGAGGAGAUAGUCUGACUGGUUACCUUUCGGAAUGGCUUGUUAUAACCUGAAAUAUCCCUGUAACAAAAUCACAUUCUGAGAAAUACUUCGUUUUGUGGCAUUAGAUACUUAACACAGCUGUCAUUCUGGGCAGGAUGAUGGAAUUCUGUUUGUAAUUAUUACAGUGUUUAACAUAUAUGCCAGGUGGGGGCUGAUCUGAGUCUCACCUCUUUAAUAGCCAGUCUUUAGAGUGUUAGUCAGCCCUGCUGCUUGUCUCCUGAACACUGUGCUGUGAAACGGCUGCUGUGUGAACAGCACAAACAUAGACAUGUAUUAGCAGUUUGCUUUGAAGUAGGCUGGGGUUUUACUAAGUAUUAUGUAAAUUUUUAAAACGUAUGUAUUUAUACACUCAAUGCUUUAUGUGCAAUGGUGGAGGUUUUGGAUAUACAGGGCACAGAGGUUACUAGGCAGACAGGAUUUCAGACAAAGAACAUGAAUGAAUUUGGGAACAAGUGACUGACUUGUGAGGGAGGCAGGAUAGUGGGCCCAGGAAUCAAUGAAAUGUUUCUCGGGGAGAAGAGAAUGAUGGAUGUGUAGGUUUAGGGUAUAUUGUCAGAACAUCGGUACUUUGGGAUUGAGAAGGUGGGUGGUUGGGGUCAGGAAUCGGAGAAAUUGGGGUGGGAUGGUGGCACAGUGGUUAGCACUCAUAGUGCCAGGAACCUGGGUUUGAUUUCACCCCUGGGCGACUGCCUGUGUUCUCUUCAUGCCUGUUUGCAUUUCCUCUGGGUUUCCUCCCACAGCCUAAAGAUGUGCAAGGUUAGGUGGACUGGCCAUGCUAAAUUGUUCAUAGUUUCCAGGGAUGUGCAGGCUAGGUGGAUUAACAGUAUGAAAUGCAGGGUUCAGGGAUCGGGUAGGGGGUGGGUCUGGGUGGACGCUCUUCAGAUGGUGGCUGUGGACUCGAUAGGCCAAAUGGCCUGCUUCUGCACUGUAGGGAUUCUACGUGGGUUGGUGAGUUUGUGAGAUGAGGAGAAGGUGAGAAAUACUGAGUUCCUAACCCACGCAUCUUCACACACAUACUCCUCUCUCAACAGACACCAACUCAGCAUUUUUAACAAUGCCAGUUGGCUCUGCAUGAACUCCCUUCCCUGUGGGGAUACGAUUUACAAAUUUAGUAAAUACUCAUGGGAAUUUCCAAGUGCCUUGUGUGAAGUAAGUGCAGGAAUAGAAUCUAAUCAAGGGGUUUGGUGGUUUAUACAUUGACUAGCAGAUACUUGGGCGUAAGUUACAGGCUGAAAUCCAACUGAGGGUUUUGUGUUUUCGAACUCUAUUCGUGGAAACCCAAGAUUUUUUCAGUUGAUAAAUUGCGAUUUUAAACACCGUUGAGAUUAGUGACUGGCACCAGAGUUUGACUGGUAAGGACAAAUUCUGUAUAAAAAUUGUUCUUUCAAGAAAUUUUUGCCACUUUCUGCGCUCAGGUAUUGGAUGUGGCCCUAUUACAUGCAAAUAGUACUGCCUUGGACUGCAUUUAUUUAGCACAUUGUUAUCAGGAAGAAAAACCACAGUUAAAUCCAGUUGCUCAUAUUCCAUGCACCCUUCUUGUUUCAUCUUCCUGACUCAUGCAUCUAUCACUGUCACUGCCCAGUUACCUGUAGCCAUCAUUACCUCUGUGUGGCUUAUUACCAUAAGACAUAGGAGCAGAAAUGAGGCCAUUCAGCUCAUCAAAUUUACACAAAUCAACCUGGUCUGAAAGCCAAAUAUCAUUCCCUUUGUGACCAUUUCUCUCAGUUUAAGUGCAUGGUUAUAGGGUUUUGGGAUCCUUUUGCUCAAAUUUAGUUUCUGGCAUCUUCCUCUCUCUGAUAUUUCUAUUCCUCGCACAAGUCAUCUUCUAAAAUUCCGUGGAUUCUGGUGUGAUUCCUUUAGAUUAGAGGGUAGAAAAUAUCACCCCAUUAUUUAAUAAACAAGUAAAAACCUGGGAACUGCAGACCUGCGAGCUUCACAUCAGUAGUAGGGAAAUUGCUAAAAUCUGUAAUAAACGCCUUGAUAAAUGGAUAGAAAUGAUCUGAUCGGCACGGUCAGUGCAGAUUUGUGAACGGAAAAUCAUGUUUGACAAACCUGUUGGAGUUUUUUUGAGGAUGUUGCUCACGAACCUGAUAAGGGGCAGUUGAUGAACGUGUAUUUCCAUAAGAUUUCUGAUAAGGUCCCCAACAGGAGAUUGGUUAGAAAGAUUAAAGCACACAGGAUAGGUAGUAAUGUAGUCGCAUGUAUUACUGAUUGGCUAACAGGCAGAAACUUCAAGUCGGUAAAAAUAGAUCAUCUUCGCAUUAGCACACAGUGACCACUGGAGUAAUGUAAGGAUCAAUACUGUGCCCCAGUUGUUCACAAUAGAUGUCAAGGAUUUGGAUGAAAGGAUCGAAUAUAAUAUUUAUAAAUUUUCAGAAGAUACAAGGCCAGGCAGGAAUGUGUGUUGUGAGGAAGAUAUAGAGUGGUUUCAGGUGGAUUUGGUGAAAUCUAUUGAUUUGGCAAGAAAGUGGUAGAUGGAAUAUAAUGUGACAAAAUACAAAAUUAUGCACUUUGGUAGGAAGAAGAGAUGUGCAUAGUAUUUACUAAAUGGUAAAAUGUUGAAUAUGUAGGUGUGCAAAGGAAUCUGGGUAUCCUUUCACGAACACUGAAGGUUCAGGAAGAUAUUACAAAGGCUAAUGGGCUGUUAGGUUUUAUUGCAAGAGGAUUAGAGUCUUGCUUCAAUUAUACACGAGUCUUGGUUAGACCAGCACCUUGAGUGCAGUGUGCAGUUAGGUCUCCUUACCUUAGGGAGGAUAUUAUUUCCUCAGAAGUGUGCAAUAGAUAUUCACCAGAUUUGUUACCAAGAAGGUGCAAUGGUCCAAUGAAGAGAGAUUGGGCCUAUAUUCUCUAGAGUUUCAAACAAUGAGAGCUGAUCCCAUUUAAACUUACAACAUAUUUUAAAAGCAUAGACAGUAUACUUGCAGGUAAGAGUGGGGAGUCUAAAUUUAGGGUGCCCAAUUUAAUAGGAAGGAGGCUGCCGUUUUGGACCAAGGUGAAGAGAAAACGCUUCACUCAAAAGUUUGUGAAUCUGGAGUUCUCUGUGUCAGAGGCCUGGGUAAGUUCAAUCUUUCAGUAUGUUUAAAAUAGAAGCCUAUGGAUGUGAGUUUGCUGGCUGAGCUGGAAGGUUAGUUUUCAGACGUUUCGUCAC